UAUAACCCCUUCCCCGAGGGUGCCCGUCUCCCCCCGGGGCAGGGUGAGACCCAGACGGGGCAGCGGCUGCAGGGAAGCUCCUCCAUCCCCGGGCGAGAAGCGGCAGCAGAGAACCCUGCGGGACGCGUCUGGGGGUGAAACGUCGGGGCUUGGAGCAGCGGGAGGGUUUGUCCAGCCCAGGAGAGCUCUGCAAACCCCACUGCGGGCGUCACACACGGCUCCCGGGCAAUUCACAGCAGGUUCCAGGGAUUUGGGCUCCUUCCUCCCGGCAGGUCCAUGUCCAUGGAGCACCUGGUGCUGGCAUUGGUGCUGUUUGCUGGGACCCUGGCUGCUGGCAACCCCCUGCAGGAUCUGGGGCUCAUCAAGGAGAUCUGGCUGGACAUGGCCAACACCUCCUUUGAUGACCAGUACCGGGACUGCAGCCACAAGAUGGAGGAGAAGCUGAGGGAGCUCCAGCGUACCGAGUUCACCAAAAACAGCGUCUAUGCCAAGAACUGGACACUGGCUGCUGCUGAAUGGCGGAAGCGGGAGGGUCAUGUCCCCAAGCCACCGGCAGCACUGCGGACGGAUCAUGCAGUGGCCCUCAUGGCAUACACCAUGAAUCAAGGCUUGUAUGAGGAUUUCAAUGCAGCCAUGCGCGAGGCCGGGCGCUCCUACAGGGAAUACCUGAACAAAUUUCACUUCAAGACACUGCAUUUCCUCCUGACCCAGGCCGUGAAAAUCCUGUGGGAAGUCCAGAUCCCGCAGUGCUACCAGGUCUACCGGGGCGUCCGUGGCAUCCGCUUCACCGCCCAGCACCGAGAUCUCGUCCGCUUUGGCCAAUUCACAUCCACCUCCUUCUUGAAGUCGGUUGCCGAGGACUUCACUGAGGCCACCUUCUUCUCGGUGUCCACCUGCUAUGGUGUCCCCAUCAGGCACUUUUCCAUGUACCCCAUCGAGGAGGAGGUCCUAAUUCCACCCUUCGAGAUAUUUGAGGUCACCAGCAUCACCAAACAUGGGAGGAGUAACCACAUCCAGCUCGAGUCCAUGGGCACAUGCAGCUACAACAACUGCGAAUGGGUGACAGGGAAGCAACGCCAGAACCAGAAGUGCAACUUCAAUGCAGGCAGGACCAUCAUCGGGGACCUCCCUGCUCCUGGAAGAUACAGCCCUGGCAGCCGCGGGGGGAACCUGAGCCCCAAGGCCACUGAUGCCACCGCACCACGGCGAGGGAAACAGGUCCGGGAUGGAAACCACCAUCGUCACAGGGAUGGUGGGAUGGGAGGGGGCAGCAUUUGGGGCUCGGGGCAUGGGGACAGCCCCGCUGCAGCCCCCGUGCCCAGCUGAAGCCCUGCCACGGUGCCACCCAUCCUGGGAUGUGCCCCCAGCCCUGGGGACACAUCGGGGACCUUCAGCAGAGCUGGGGAUGGGGCUUUUGGAUGCAGCUGAGCGUGGGGUGUCCCCCCAGG